AUCACCCUCAGUUCUUUUCAACUCCAAACCCUUCAGUCCUUUUUUCUUGUUCCAAGGCAUCUCCUCUAUCUUGAGCAUCGAAAGUUAUGGAAUUUGCAACCACUGCUGAAGGUGCUCUUUUGUCAAAAAUAUUUAAGUUGCUGCUCUCAAAGUUGAAUUCUUCUGUAAUUGAAUGGCUGAAUUUACCAGAGCAAGUUUGUGCCGAGCUGCAAAACUGGAAGAAUCUUUUGCCGGAAAUCGAUGCUUUGCUUGAACAUGCCGAAGAGAAGCAAGUGACAGACCGCUUGGUGAGGUUAUGGCUUGCUGAUCUCAGGUAUUUGGCUUAUGAUAUGGAGGAUAUACUUGAAGAGGUCGAGAUUAAUGCCAAGAGCAAGGACAAGCACGUUGGGUCUGAUUCAUUCGAGUAUGAGAACCGGAAUAAGUCUCAUGAAGCAUCUGCUGAAAGAUUGUCCACUUCUUCUUUGCCUCCAAACCAUGUCUAUGGUCGGGAAAGUGAUAAAAAAGGUAUUCUUCGUAUGUUGCUGGAAGAUGAAAGUAACAAUGAAGGAGAAUUUGUCAUUCCCAUUAUCGGAAUGGGAGGAAUAGGGAAGACAACUCUUGCUCAGCUAGUUUACAAUGAUGAACAACAAGUACCUGGACUGAGGUGUGACUUAAAAGAACUUCUCUUCAAGAGAGGCAGAAAGAGAAAAAACUUUGAUACACGUCCGAAUCUCAAAGCAGUCGGCAAGAAAACUGUUGAAAAGUGCAAAAGAUUGCCAUUGGCUCUGAAAACACUUAGUGGCCUCUUACGUGGUAAGCUUCAUCAUGGUCAGUGGGAAAACCUAUUAAACAGUGAGAUAUGGGAUCUACCAGAAGACAACAGGGGUAUUCUUCCUGCUCUGAGAUUGAGCUACAAUCACCUUCCCUCAUUUCUGAAGAGAUUCUUCGGCUAUUGUGCUCUAUUUCCAAAAGAUUAUGAAUUUGAAGAGGGUGAGUUGGUUUUGUUAUGGAUGGCGGAGGGACUUUUUCAACAAGAACCACAUGGAAUGACGCAAAUGAAAGAUCUUGGUCAUCAAUACUUCCGUGAUCUAGUAUCAAGGGUCUUUCAACAGUCAAGUAGGGAUGAGUCGUUGUUUGUGGUGCAUGACCUUAUGAGAGCUCUAGCUUUGCAAGUCACUGGAGAAAUAUGCUGCACCAUUGAAUCAGAUGGGAAAAAAUUAGAUGAACCAAACAAUUUGCUGACAUUCCUGCGGUUGAAGACAGAGGAUGACUACUACUCGGACUACCACUUAUCGAAUCCACUGUUUCAAGAUCUGUUGCAAAAUCUAAAACGUUUAAGGGUGUUAUCUCUUGACAAAUAUCAGGGAUUGUGCAAUUUAACCAAGUUGCCUAGAACUAUGGGGAAUCUACAUGAUCUCCAGCAUUUUGAUAUCACUGAGACACCAUCUUUAAAAGAGAUGCCAUCAGAAAUCAAUAAUUUGACCAAUCUUGUGACACUACCAAAAUUUAUUAUUGGAAAUGGUAGAGGACCAAGGGUAAAAGAUUUGAAGAAAUUGUUACGCCUUCGAGGCCAGCUCUCCAUUGUAAAUUUACAUUACGUUUUGGAUGCUAGGGAUGCAAGAGAGGCCAAUUUGUAUGAGAUCAAGGGAUUGGAUGAUUUAGCCUUAGAAUGGUCUUCUGCUCACCUAAACCCUCAGAACGAAAGCAAUCAAAUGCAAUUCUUGGAGCUUCACAAUUGUCAAAGAAGCACUUCAUUACUAUCACUUGGGCGAUUACCCCAGCUUAAAGAAUUGAUCAUCACAGAUAUGCAUGCAAUAGAAAAUAUGACAUUUGAGUGUGGUGGGGACUCUUUUUCUUCAGUUGAGGCUUUUCAAUCGCUGGAAAGUAUGGAAUUGCAGCACUGCCCUAUGCUGGUAGGAAAGUUACCAAAAUGCCUUCUUUCUCUUAAAAGGCUUAAGAUUGUCAGAUGCCCAAAGUUCAUAUAUUCGCCAAUGAGCCUUCCAUUGCUUGAAGAAUUGUAUAUAGAAGCAUGUAGUGAGGUAGUCUUGAGGAGUAUGGUUGAUCUUCCCCCACUCAAAACCCCGAGAAUCAGCAAAAUUUCCUUCUUGACUUGCUUGCCUAAGAGUUUUGUAGAGUCCAUAACAUUACUCGAGGAUAUGGAGAUUGAAGAAUGCAAUGAAGUUACUUGUUUAUGGGAAGAAGGAGCCAUCCGAGACCUUUUAUGUCUUAAGAGGAUGGCAAUCAGUAACUGCCCUCUGCUUGUAUCCUUAACAAGGAAAGAACAAGGUCUUCUACCUGACAGUAUUCAAACUUUGGAGAUAUAUAACUGUACAGAACUCGAAUCCCUGCCUGAUGAGUAUUGUAGAGAACUUAAAGGCAUGAGUGUUGGUGGUGGUAUGAAUUUGAAGAGCUUACCCUUUCUUCAGUACAUGCACGGGCUUACAUUUCUAUGGAUAGAAAGCUGCGAAGGUUUGGAAUCUUUCCCAGAAAGAGGCAUGUCCAUAUCCAUCCCCAACCUCAGAAAGCUAUGGAUAGAAAAUUGCAUCAAUCUCAAGUACUUACCUAAUAGGAUGCACGACCUCACAUUACUUGAUGAAUUGAUUACAAGCAAUAGUCCAGGGAUUAAGGCCAUUCCAGACGGUGGUUUGCCCCCAAACCUUACAUGGCUUACAAUUGAUUGUAAGAAUCUGAAGCAGCCAGUGCAAGAAUGGGGUCUCAGCGAACUCACUUUGCCCCUAUACUCAUUGGCCAAAGCUCAUGUCAUUGCCAAAGGAAAGCCUGCCUCCUCCUCUUCAAAAGUUACAAUAGUGGAAUGCGCCAAUCUCCUGUCCUUAACCAAAGGAUGGCCUGCCUCCCUCACUUGGAGCACUCUUGAUUAUGAACUGGCCGUUGCUGCAGCGAAGAAUUCUAAUGGCAAGAGAAAUUUAAAGUCCUUUCCUGGAGAUUGGAAAGUCCUACAGUUUCCUUUUUCUAAUGUCCAUUUGGAAGAAUUUGAAGAAGCUUAAUCUGAGACUGCGAGGAGCAAACAGUGAAUGGGAUUUUUCUUCGAGCAAAAAGAGGAAAAUGUAAGAUGAUCCAUGUGAGAUAUUGAUGCCAAGCUUGUAAUCUGAUUUUUUUUAUUUUUAGCUGAAUCUCCUGGUUUGGCUUUGAUUUUCUCUUCCUUCUCCUCUCCAUUCUCUCCAGCUUUUGAAUAUGUGAAUGAAUAAUAGUUUCAUGU